AUCACAGUCGCCCGCCGCCAUUUUGCCGUCAAUGGAGAAGGGGGCGGGGCCACAGCGCUGCCGCAGUCCUUACGCGGACUGUAAACAGGAAGUGGUCGUCCUCUGGGUCAGCGGGCACAGCGGCGGCUAGCUUAUUUCCACACCUGAGAGAGUCAUGGGCAAAAGCUGUAAGGUGGUCGUGUGUGGCCAAGGUGCAGUGGGUAAAACGGCCGUCUUGGAGCAACUGCUGUAUGCCAACCAUGUUGCUGGCUCAGAGCCCAUGGAGACGCUGGAGGACAUCUACAUCGGCUCCGUGGAGACCGACCGUGGCACACGGGAGCAGGUGCGCUUCUAUGACACCCGCGGACUCCGUGACGGGAUGGAGUUCCCUCGACACUACUACACGUUCGCAGACGGCUUCGUACUCGUUUACAGCAUCGACAGUAAAGAGUCCUUCAAACGAAUGGAGGCACUCAAAAAGGACAUAGACCGUCACCGAGACAAGAAAGAGGUGACCAUUGUUGUACUCGGUAACAAGCUGGACAAGCAGGACGAAAGGAGAGUCGACUCUAACGUGGCCCAGAACUGGGCGAAGAACGAGAAGGUCCGCCUGUGGGAGGUGUCGGUCGUGGACCGGCGCACGCUCAUCGAACCCUUCGUCUACCUGGCCAGCAAGAUGACCCAGCCGCAGAGCAAGUCCACCUUCCCUCUCAGCCGCAACAAGAAUAAGGGAAGUGGUUCCACGGACAGUUAAAUGACCAAACGGGAGGAAGAGGGAGGAAGGAGGGAGGGAAGCUGUGUUAAAGGGAAUCAUGUCCUGCUAAAGGAUCAGUUUUUAUAUCAUGAAGGACUAAAAGUUAAAGAAUGUGGAGAAGUGAUGAGAAGGACAGGCAGGAUGAAUGUAUGGAUAUUUACUGAAUAUACAGUGAGCACUGUUGAUAUUGGUGUAACGUCCAUGUAUUGACUGAGUCCAACACUUGAGUCGCUACUGGUUUGCUGUUUGAGGAUUGUUCAGACGUGCACUCGUGAUCAAGAAAAAACAACCAUUGCCGAUUAUUUAACACAAUGUAUUCAAUUUGUUAGGGUCCUUACACUAUUCUGUAUCUCAGGACCAACAGAGACAAACAACCAUUCACACUCUCACAUUCACACCUAUUUGAGUGGAGGGGGACUUUAAGUUUUGUAAGGCAAGCCUCAGCCUUGUGUUUGGUUGGAUUAUGGUCACGCUGUUCAUCCAUAUUCUUCACAAUUAUUCCUAUCGUCGUUGAAACCUACAUGAUCAUGUUCUUGAACUUCUGACAAUCAGCAUCUGAUUUCAGUUUAUUUAUUCAAAACAGUGCAGGGUUUUAAGACGUAGAUUCACAGUGCUCACUUUAUAGAUAAAUUAAGAGCCAGCACACAUUGCACACUGGCUAAUGUGUUACGUACACAUACACAGACUGAACCAUAAACGGCCUCAGUCUCAAAUGUUACUUAAUUAUUUAAACACACAAAUGCUGAAUCUCACAUGUUGUAAACGUUAUGACUGGUGAAGGGAUUUAUUGAUACAUUGUUGAUGAUGUACAGUGUAAUGCUUUUUUUUGUCUGGAUAUUUGUUACUAUAUAUAUAUAUAUAUAGUAGAAACUGUAUAUGUAUGCAGAGAUUCAAUAUUGAAUGAUUGACAUUCCUUACCACACAUGGCCUUCUGUACCGGCUUUAGAAGUUUGAUUAUGAGAUAAAAGACAGUUUCUGCAGGCUCAGGUGCUACUUUUUCUUCUUGCUAUACAUGGCACAAAUUUAUAGAUACAGUAAAAUGUCAUCUUUAAAAUCACGACUCAUAUCAUCAGUUACAGUCACUGAUGGCGGUGAAGCUGGUGUA